AUCGCAGGUCAGCACCGGAGGGAUGAAACGGUGCUGCUGAGCGCGCGACAGGCUCAGCUGCGUGCGGCUUGCCCUCAGGACCACUUUUAUUUAAUGCACGAGAGGCUGCGGAGGGAACCGGGAGAGCUUCGAUUAAACAGGACCUGGUGUGCAGUCAGGCGAGGAGAAGGAUUUGUGGAGAAGCCCCUAGCUCCCCACCUCAUUGGUUCAUCCAGGUAGGAGGCCCGAGACCGGCAGCUGCUGAGGAGCCUGGAAGGUCUCCUUGUUCUGGGACAUACCUGCUGCAUUUUUCAUUGAGGUAGGGAGGGAGGUUCGAGUAGCUGUGGCUGACCUGCAGCCAUGCAUCACUUAAGGACUACAGUGACAAGGCUUCGGCCUCUAACGGCUUCACAGACAGCUCAGAGCCUAUCGCAGGACAGACUGGUGGCGGUCAAAGGGGGCUCGAGGACAUUUAAGCCCACGAGGCGCCUGAACACAUCUGUGGCUGCUGAGCCCUUCCUUAAUGGCACCAGCUCCAACUAUGUAGAGGAGAUGUACUACGCAUGGCUGGAGAAUCCCAAGAAUGUGCACAAGUCCUGGGAUAUAUUUUUCUGUAAUGCCAAUGCUGGAGCUCCACCUGGCUCAGCCUACCAGAGCCCUCCACCCAUCAAUGGGACCUCUCAGGGACUAGCUAGUGUGCAAGCGCUGGUGAGGGCUCAGCCCAAUGUGGAGAAGCUGGUGGGGGAUCAUCUAGCAGUACAAACACUGAUCCGAGCAUACCAGGUACGGGGACAUCACAUAGCGAAGCUGGACCCCCUGGACAUCAGCUGUGUGGACUUUGAUGAUGCCCCAUGUACUGUCGGGUUCCAGAACGUUGGUUUUUACGGGCUGGCUGAAUGUGACUUGGACAAGGUGUUCCGCCUUCCCACCACCACCUUCAUCGGCGGCAAUGAGAGCGCUCUGCCUCUUAGAGAGAUUAUUCGCCGCCUUGAGAUGGCCUACUGUCAGCACAUUGGGGUGGAGUUCAUGUUCAUUAAUGACCUGGAGCAGUGCCAGUGGAUCAGACAGAAGUUUGAGACUCCAGGAAUUAUGCAGUUCACUCUGGAAGAGAGGAGGACGUUGCUGGCUAGAAUGAUUCGGUCCACCAGGUUUGAGGAGUUUCUCCAGAGAAAGUGGUCCUCGGAGAAGCGUUUUGGUUUGGAAGGCUGCGAGUCUCUCAUCCCGGCCCUCAAGACCAUCAUUGACAAGUCCAGUCAGAGUGGAGUGGAGAGUGUUAUCAUGGGGAUGUCUCACAGAGGGAGGUUGAAUGUGCUGGCCAAUGUGAUCCGGAAGGAGCUGGAACAAAUCUUCUGCCAGUUUGAUUCCAAGUUGGAGGCUGCAGAUGAGGGUUCUGGUGAUGUGAAAUAUCACCUGGGGAUGUACCACAGGAGGAUGAACCGGGUCAGCGACAAGUACAUCACAUUGUCCCUCAUGGCAAACCCGUCCCACCUGGAAGCUGUGGAUCCUGUAGUGCAGGGAAAGACUAAAGCCGAGCAGUUCUACUGUGGAGAUACUGAGGGCAAGAGGGUGAUGUCGAUUCUGAUUCACGGCGACGCUGCGUUUGCAGGUCAGGGCAUUGUGUAUGAGACAUUCCACCUGUCAGACCUGCCGUCCUACACCACCCAUGGAACCAUACAUGUGGUGGUCAACAACCAGAUUGGUUUCACUACAGAUCCUAGGAUGGCUCGUUCAUCUCCAUACCCCACAGACGUAGCUCGAGUGGUCAACGCGCCCAUCUUCCAUGUCAAUGCAGACGACCCAGAGGCUGUGAUGUAUGUGUGCAACAUAGCAGCCGAGUGGAGGAACACGUUUCACAAAGACGUUGUCGUGGACCUGGUAUGUUACAGACGUAAUGGCCACAAUGAGAUGGAUGAGCCCAUGUUCACACAGCCGCUGAUGUACAAACAGAUUAAGAAGCAGAAAGGAGUGCUGCAGAAGUUUGCUGAGAAACUCAUCACUGAGGGAGUCAUGACAGCACAAGAAUAUGAGGAGGAAAUAACCAGAUACGACAAAAUCUGUGAGGAAGCAUACAAUCGCUCCAAAGAUGAAAAGAUUCUGCACAUCAAACACUGGCUUGACUCACCAUGGCCUGGUUUUUUCACCCUGGAGGGUCAGCCUAAAAGUAUGAGCUGCCCUUCAACUGGCAUCAACAAAGAUGAUCUCAGCCACAUUGGAAACAUUGCUGCCUCAGUCCCGGUGGAAGAUUUCACCAUACAUGGAGGUCUGAGUCGCAUCCUAAAGGGACGAGCGAACAUGGUGAGCCAGCGAGUGUGUGACUGGGCUCUGGGGGAGUACAUGGCGUUUGGCUCUCUGCUCAAAGAGGGAAUCCAUAUACGUCUCAGUGGCCAGGAUGUGGAGAGGGGCACGUUUAGCCAUCGGCAUCACGUUCUUCAUGACCAGAAUGUCGACAAGAGGGUCUGCAUCCCAAUGAACUACAUUUCCCCUGAUCAGGCUCCAUACACUGUCUGUAACAGCUCUCUGUCUGAGUAUGGAGUACUAGGCUUUGAAUUAGGCUUUGCUAUGGCCAGCCCCAAUGCCCUGGUCCUAUGGGAGGCCCAGUUUGGAGACUUCCACAACACAGCUCAGUGCAUCAUCGACCAGUUCAUCAGUUCAGGACAGGCCAAGUGGGUCAGACAGAACGGCAUCGUGCUGCUGCUUCCUCAUGGCAUGGAAGGAAUGGGUCCUGAACACUCGUCUGCCCGACCUGAAAGGUUCCUGCAAAUGUGCAACGAUGACCCAGAUGUUUUCCCUAAAUUGUCAGAAGACUUUGCCAUGCGUCAGCUUUAUGACUGUAACUGGAUCGUUGUUAACUGCUCAACUCCUGCAAACUACUUCCAUGUUCUCCGUAGACAGAUCUUGCAGCCCUUCAGGAAGCCUCUGAUAGUAUUUACUCCAAAGUCACUGCUGCGCCACCCAGAAGCCAAGUCCAGCUUCGAGGAAAUGCUGCCAGGAACCCACUUCAGGCGUGUAAUCCCAGACGACAGCCCGGCAGCUGUCAGCCCAGAAAAAGUAAAGAGAGUCAUUUUCUGCACUGGCAAGAUUUACUAUGAACUGACCAGAGAACGCAAGAACCGAGGCAUGGACGACACCAUCGCCAUUGUUCGCAUCGAGCAGCUAUCACCGUUUCCCUUCGAUCUGCUGAAAGCAGAGACUGAUCGCUAUAUAAAUGCUGACCUGGUUUGGUGUCAGGAAGAGCACAAGAAUCAGGGUUACUAUGACUACGUCAAGCCCCGCAUCCGUACCACCAUCAACCGAACACGCCCUGUCUGGUACGCUGGUCGUGAGCCGGCAGCAGCUCCAGCGACUGGAAACAAGCAAACUCACCUCAUGGAGCUGCAACGUUUACUGGACACCGCAUUCAAUCUGGAGGCUUUCUCAGGGAAAUUCUAACAGCUCGUUUUUGUCUCCGCCCACACUGAGCUUCAGGCACCUGACUCAUUUUCCUCAAUAUAUUUACAUAUCAGACCUGUGAACAGGCAUAAUCUCACGUCAAAAUGCACAAGACUUUUAACACUGUUACCAUGAAGACCUCAGUGUUCACAGUGGUGGACUGAAGAAAUAAACCUGCAAUGAAUGUAUGAAUUUAUACGAAAUUAACUUUGAAGAGUUUUAUUUUAUGAGUUAAUCUCAACCUGCUCUGCUCUGUACAUCAAGAAUUUCACAGAUAUACAGAAAUGUAACACCUGUUGAUUAAAUUCAUCUGUGGAAGAUUGUUUGCAAGGGGAAAAUAAUGAUGCAUGUAUUUCAAAGAAUAGUUAAACACUGAGGGCAAUAGGCUUAUUGGCUUUCCUGCCAGGAGUUAGAUAGCUACCACUCUCAUAUCACUGUGUUGGCAUAGAGAUGGAAAAAUAAUACGAAAAAAUACAAUUUAUGGUUUUAAAAAGGGGUGAAGUGCAGGAUUAUUACUCAGCCGGGAUUAUAGACGCUUUAAAGGUUGGAUAGAGUCCCUGUUAGCUAACUGUAUUCACCUGUUUCUAGCCUUUAUGCUAAGCUAGGGCUAGCUGCCUCAUAUUUAGACAUGACAGUGGUGUGCAUCAGCUAGAAAGCAAAUGAACACAUUUCCCAUCAUAUUUAACUAUUCCUUUAAACCUGAUGUUAAUGGUGUGUUUAACAGUAUAUGCUAUAUUAAAUGCAGUGUAAUAGAAAUAAAAGAAUCCAGUAUACUGGUGAUCAUUUAAAAGGUUGAGACUGAGCCGCGAUGCAGUGUACAACAGAAAUGAGCGAUAUCAAUGACUGUGAAAUGACUCAAAGCUGUAUCACCUUAAUAUUAAACAGUAGAAUAUUUGUUUUGAUGCAAAAUGAAAAACUGAAAGUUUAGAUUUACUAUAAUAAAAUGCAGACCUCACAGAUGGAACUCAAUGCAACAAGUAAGUUCAGAACUUUAUUUUUUCAAUAUUUUGUGAAACCAUCUUUUUUUUUGACAUGCUCAAUCCACCUCUACAGGCAGAUUACCAAAUUUCCGGAGAGAUGUUCUGUCAUUUCUAAUUUUUUCAGCUGCUCUUUGCUGGAGGGGUUGUGUUGCUCUACCUGUCUCUUAAAAACAAACCCAAGCUGUUUUACUGGAUUCCAGUCAGGCAACAUACUUGUCCAGGCCAGUAUUUUAUAUAUCCAUCGACAUUCAUGUUGCAUCUACACUACUGUUCAAAAGUUUGGGGUCAUUUAGAAAUGUCCUUAUUUUGGAAAGAAAAGCAGUUUUUUUUCAACGAAGAUAACAUUAAAUUAGUCAGAAACACAGUCUAGACAUUGUUUAUGUGGUAAAUGACUAUUUUAGCUGGAAACGGCAGAUUUUUAAUGGAAUAUGUACAUAGAGGUACAGAGGAACAUUUCCUGCAACCAUCACUCAGUACAUGAAUAAAAGUGUGAGUUUUCAUGGAAAACAUGAAAGUGCCUGGGUGACCCCAAACUUUUGAACGGUAGUGUAUAUCAUCUCCCCAACACCAUCUGUACUCAUGCAGCCUCAUAUCAUCACACUGCCACCUCCAUGCUUCAAGGUGAGGACCAUGUGUUUACUGUUGUAGUCCUGGUCUGGUACAGGACAAACAUCUGAGCUAAUCAAAUGUAUCUUGGUCUCUUCUGACCAAAGAAUGUGCUUCCAAUAUUAAUCAGAAAAUUUCAUUUUGCAGCGGAAGAUUAUAUUUUCUAGGAUUUUUUUCACAGCUAGAAUGUGAAAGUAGAGCACUGUCUAUGACAUUUGUGGUGGAGGACCACUGCAGCUCUGAUUAGGGGUACUAUGGAACAUUCUGUACCUCCUGACGACUGCCACAACUGCUGAUUUUUAGCAGGUCAUCAAUCUUCCUGUAUCCUUUUCCAUCUUUGUAAAGUCAAUUUUUCCAUUCUUUUCCAUGUGGAGCCAUGAUGCAGACAUGCCGACAGACACAGCCCAUAAGUCCACAACAAAGAAAGUUCUGCUGUUCUCAGGUUAUUCUGUAGCCAUGUUCAUGCAAUCAGGCUGUCUGUCAUACUCAGUUUAGUUUCAAUGAUCACAGGUUUUCUAACUUGAGCUACGUUCUACUCUGAGGUCUGUAUUUUCAAUGUAGUCUUUGCAAAGAAUUUGCUUGUGAUUGUUCAUUUGAUGAAACGCUCUAAUGUUCAACUUGGAAAUAAUGCAACUACUUUGAGGACAAUUUAGAAGUAUUUGGCAUUUAAAUGACAUUUCACAUUGGCGUCCUCACAGCUGUUGUUUAUUGUAGCUGAAUGAUGUUAAACUGAAAUGAGUAAACAGCACGUCUUUUUUUAAGAAAGUAGAAGUGAUUGAAAACAUUCUCGUCUGCCUCGUGUCCAAUCUCUCAGUUGAGGAGUAAACACAUUUUUUCUACAUUUUUAUCUGAGUUUAUCAGUCACUUUACACUGAAACAGUGCAUGUUUCAGAUUCACUGGCAUUAAACAUUUUUCUCCAUUUUUUUCAUACAUUCUUUCACUGUUUCCAUUUCUUGUCUCCUCUGUGGUUCAUUCACCAUUCUCUCCCAUUGCCGUAAACAUCCACUUGUGCCAAACACAACAGAAUACUUGAAAUUAGAUUUAAUAAAGGAUAAAAACAUGCCCGCAAUGGUGGGGGCUCCUCAUGUUUGAAGAAUGUAUUUAUUUUCAUAUGGUGUGCAUGUUUUAUUGUCGACAAAUAAAGACCUGUUGAAUGGUG